UUAAUUGAGUAGUUCUUGUUUAGUAUCCAGUAACUUUGCCUUUUUUCUGCCCAGUGGCUGUUCCUCCCAAGGAGACAAUAGCCCUUCGUACAAUUUUUCAGAGUAAUUGUAGCUUCUAUGCAUUUUCCAAUUCGAAUAUUUAUGUUUUUUCCUGCUAAACAAUCAUCAUUCAUCAAAACCCUUUUUUAAGUAUUUGCUUGUUCUUCCUCUGCAUGUAGAGAAUCCAAUCAAACCAAACCGAAAAAAGCAAAAAUAAUGGCUUGGGAACCCAUUCUUUGGCUGAUAUAUUUAGCCAUUAACAUUGCCCUUAUCUCAUUAGUCAUCUAUCAGAUUGUGUGCUUAACAGAUUUGGAAGCUGAUUAUAUGAACCCUUAUGAGUCUUCAUCUCGUAUCAACUCUGUGGUCCUUAAAGAGUAUAUUUUACAUGGUGCAUUCUGCAUCCUAUUCCUUGUCACAGGGCAUUGGUUUAUCUUCCUGCUUACACUUCUUCCUUCUUACUUUAAUGUGAGAAAAUUCUUAAGUCGGCAGCAUCUUAUUGACGUGACCGAAGUUUUUAGGUUCAUUGAGUCUGAGAAGAAGAUUCGGAUAUUCAAGCUGGGUUUCUACUUGGUCCUCUUCGUGCUAGUGCUUGUCAGUCUGGUCCUAUCUUUUAUUAAUGUUCUAGUCGAUGAAGAUGAUGCUAUUGAUUUUGGUUCUUUACCAUUGCCCAGUUUCUUUUGACGUAUAUUUUCCAGUUUUUGGUCAAGAUGGCUGAGGUCUGAUCAACCAACAUAGCCCUGGAAAACCUCUACUUGAACUCUGGGCUAACCUGCUUACUCUUGUUUGUAUCUGGUUAUCUUUCCAGCAAACCGUCUCAGGAUUGAUUUUUGGCCGUCAUUUCAGCAUUACAUUAUUCGCUCUCUUUUUCCCUCAGUUUCAUGCAGUCCUGCUUUUAGUUGUGUAGCUCUGGCAGUUGAAUGUCCAUAAGAGCUAUGUGACUUUGUGAAUGUCCUGUUGACUUGUUGUAAUAGAAACCUCAAUUUGUCCUCCAGAUUAGAGAACUGUUGGUUUUGGUUUUUGCUCUGUCAAUUUUCCUAUA